CACAUUUAUGAAUUCCAAACAAAGCCUUAGUGUGCAUACAGACUCAUCAUUAAACACGCGUACGUUCUCGUUCCUUUCGGACAACCAAAACCGUCUUUGUUUCAAUUCUAGACUAGAUAGAUGAACUCAAUCACCACAAGGAGAAGGAGACCCAGAGAGAGAGAGAGAAAGCGCGAGCGAGCGAGCAAAUGAGUCAAGUUUACCACACGAGCCAUCAAGGCCCCGGCCAUCCACCAGGGUACGGGCCAGGUCCGCCGCAGCCGCCGGGUGACUACCCUUCGGCUCUACCACAAUUCGGAGGGUACCCUCCGGCGCCGCGGCCUCCUGGUCCACCUAGCUAUCAAGGUUACUUUAACGACUACCCACCACAGCCUCAGUACGCGCAUCACCACUAUCACCAACAAGACGCUUCAUGUCCUUCAUUCCUCAGAGGCUGUUUGGCUGCUCUUUGUUGCUGUUGUAUGCUGGAGGAGUGCUGCGGCUUCUACGCUGAGAAAUAGGCUUGAUCAAGGAAUACAUAAAUAAUUAGUUGUUGAUGCAGAGAAUGAUUUCUCAGGAACUGCAGCCUACUUUGUGUGUGAUACAAAUUGAUAGCUUUAUGAUACUGUGAAACAACUUCUCUUUGUCCAUAUACUUCAGGCACCUUCUUAAUCAGUUGUCGAAGACUAAUAACGCCUCUCAUCGUUGACCUCUUACAUUGUAAUCUGUUCCAAAUCAAGGUAUAAUUCGGUUGGAUUCCCUCUUUAUUUGUUCCAAUUUUAUAUGGAGAACCUAGUAAA